AUGAGUUUAGAGUCAUUUUGGAAACGUGCCGGGAAGUCACAAAAAUCUUCAACUUGUUCUUCACCUAGUUCAAGGGAUCCUCCAAUAGAAGAACAUGUGUCUCCUAAUGGUGAUGAGGUUCCUAUUGCUGCAACAAUUCCACCACCUGAGAACACAGGUCCAAGUGUUCCAAAUACUGUUGUUGACUCCGAUGAUACUCGUAUUUAUGAUGUUGAUCUUCUUCCACAUGACCCUGGAAAAAGAAUUCCAAUUAUGGAGUAUCCUCCUAAUGAUCGAGAUGCCGUAAGGAGAGGCUAUAUUACAAAGAAACAUUGUGAUCCACGCACAAAUAAUUUUCCUCAAAGAAAAGUUGGAGGUAUGCGCCGUUUUAAUGUUACUUGGUUUGAUAAAUAUGAGUGGCUUGAAUAUAGUGUUGAGAAAGAUGCGGCUUUUUGUUUUGUGUGCUAUUUGUUCAAUGAUAAAGUUGAUUAUUCUUUGGCUGUUAAUGAUUCCUUUAUUAAAGGGGGAUUUAGAGGAUGGAAUAAGACUGGUAGAUUUGAUGUUCAUGUGGGUGGUCUUGGUGGUUUCCAUAAUCAGGAUAAUGAGAAAUAUAGUAUGUUUAUCAACCCAAAGACAUCAGUUGCUGAAUCUCUUUGCACUUAUUCUAAGGAAGCUAAACUACAAUACAAAUCUCGCUUAACUUAUUCAUUGAAAUGUAUUAGAUUUCUUUUAAAUCAAGGUUUAGCUUGUCGUGGGCAUAAUGAAAGUGAAGAAUCUUGGAAUAGGGGUAAUUUUCUUGCACUCUUAACAUGGUUUUUAUAA